ACCUGAUUUAUAGGUUCUUUAAGUAACUAGUUCUGCUCUUGUAGGUUGUAAACAGGUUAUCAACAGGUUGUAACAGGUUGUCAGUUGCUGUCAGUUUGACAAGUCAGUGAGAUGUCGUCAUUAAUAUAAACUCAGCAACUUUUUUCGGUAGAUUUUGCUACUUUUUGAGGUUAUUUAUUUGGAUUGCAUUGUGGAUAUUACUUGCAUAAACCGGUUGAGCGAUACGAUCACACAUACGGGAUUUUCCUUUUCGUGCAAAGUUUAAACUCACCACUGAAAGGUUAGAAAAGUUGCCAUUUUAACUUGAUGCUUUGCCUUCACGCUAUGCCUACGCCAUAAAUGAAUUACAUUUUUAAUUUUUGAAGUUCUGCUGGUCUUUGGGGCGCUAACUAAAAAGAUAACACACGCUACGGCUUUUCUCUCUCCCGACAAAAUGCUGUUUUUGUGUUUUUGUUCGUAUCCGUCGAGUCUACUUGCUCUAAAACGUGCAUACAGUCGCAAGUUUUUACUGGAUGAACCACACAUUUUAUGUUAAAAUCCGUUUGCGAACGAGGCCUACUCCAUCACCGAACCCCGCCCACAAUGGAGGCGACACAAGCGGUGUGAGAGAAAAUGAAAGCGGGGUAACUUUCCGGGCUAGCCUAGCGGCUAACUCAAGCUAGCUAUUCUCACCAUCUUACUGGCGGACAAUAAACUAGACUAUAUCAGACUACUACGCUCGAUACAGAGUUCUGUGGAAUGGAGAAGCAUCAUAAAAGAUGCAAAAUUAGUUUUUUAGCCCUACCACUGGAUCUGCUGAAAUGGAGCUGCCUGCACAAAUCAGCAUUGAAGAAAACCAGGGGAAUAGCCAUGUGGAACACAACAGGACAUCAGGCAAGGCAAACCUGAAUUAUUGCAUAGAUCACUGGAAUAGAACUGAUGUCUACCAGUGGCUAAGCGAGAACAAUGUCCCCGUACAGGUUGCUAAGAUUCUUUACAAUAACGAAGUUUAUGGAGCCUCACUAAUUCAUUUUGACAAACAAGACCUCCUAGACAUUGGUUUAUCACAGGGACCUGCAGUUCACAUCACUAAAAUAGUGGCCAAGUUAAAAACAUCCUACCAUGCCACAACCAAAGACGCGGAUGCAUUAAUAGGGACCUCUGCAGCACACCAGUUUCAACAAGAAACAGGACGGGCUGAAAGCCAUACCUCUUGGUCUGAUAAGCAGCUUGAUCAAAUCAGCAUAGAAGAAAACAGUGACACAUCAAGCGUGGAGAUAUGGUCAAGGGCCUCAGAAGACGUACCCAGAUGUACAGGCAAUGCUUCACACUUUCAAGAUGAAAAUGCUGUACGGUUGGAGGAACAGUAUAGCAGCAUGUAUGCCAAAGCAGAUGAGGCAAGUAGCGCACAGCCUUUGAUGCAAUGCGCAGCGCAAACAAAUAUUGUAGAGAGUGAGACCAAAGAACAGGUGACCGGUGAGAAGUUUCGUUACUGUGCUCCCCGCCCUUUUGAUAAAAGCAGUGAAACAUUUGAAUACACACAAAACGACAUACUUCCAAUUGAGACUGGCCCAAGCAAUCUUAUCGAUCCUAUACAUGAGUACAAGCUCUUGGCAAACACACAAGAUGCUUUAGAAGAGAAUGUCUUAAAAAAAUUCAAAAAUGAAGCAUUCUGGUUUUGUGCAGCAUGCAUUAAUUCUCGAUCUAACGGAACUAUCCAUUUCGGUGUUGGAGAUGAACCACUGCACAAACACGGACAAAUUAUUGGACUAGAGGUGCCACGUCGGGAUAAAUAUGUAGACGCAUUUGAUAAGGGUCUGAAGGAACACUUCAGAGAGAAAAGUGUACUUGCAAUGGCGUGCAUCAGGCCCCCCAAGUUUGUUAAAGUUAAUUGUCCAAAUAACGAGGAGAGGUGGGUUAUUGAGAUUGACGUUGUCCCGAAGUAUAAAUUAACUCAGAAGAAACGUUUUCACACUACGUUAAACAAGAAGGAAAACAAGACAAAGUGCCUCUUUGUUCGUUCUGGUGCAAGCACCAUUAAUUGCCUUCCUGAAAAUUAUUCUAAGAUUUCUGAUAAAAAGUUGAGUAAGUUAAAUAAGAACUUAAACAAAGAUAUAGAAUUAUGGGCUUUAAAGAGACAGUUAGCUGAAGAGGAUAUAGCUAUCUUAAGGAAGUGAUUCCACCGAUGUACUUCUUCCAGAGCUCAGUGUCAGUAGUGCACCAAAGUGGCAUCCCAACCCCAAAGUGGUCCUAUUGAAAUUUCAUACGGAAAACCCCCGCGAUUGCACUAGGUACACAAGCCCCUGCCUCUUUCUUAUUGUUGUCGAUGUGUUUUAAAGACGACAGCAGCAUUCCAAGCUGCUGAGAAUCUAAUUGGACGUUGUGCACUGGCCGCCAUUUUCUGGUCACUAAAACCUGAAAAAUACAGUUGCACUUUUAUAUGAUAAGUUUUGGUACUUGCCUGUUAGUAUUUUUAUAUUUAAAACAAGAGCCAAACGUUUUUUUUAAUCUGUGGUGUGGGGGGCAUUUUGGUUUAGCGGUUGAAUGCAAUGCCAUAAAAAUGACUUUUUACAAGCACUUUUUUACAAUACCUACUAAAAUCAAGACGGCAGAGAAGAGAUUAUAUACUACUGUGUAAUUACAGAGGUAAUUACAGCCUCUUUGAAAAGACAUGCAACGGUAUUAUAGAUGAACUGGCUAAAGCAAAAAGCUUUACUCUGCCUGCACAUAGUUGGAUAUUGUGGAUAGAUUUUUAUUGUUGUUACUCUUUAUUACAUUGUCAGAUUGGGAAAUUAAGAGUGCAUCGUCCAAAGCCAUCCCCUGUAUGAAAGUCACACAAGCGCUCGUUUGUCAAAAGAGCUGACAGAUGCAGUCAAUAUGUGGACGGUGGGAAAGCCAAACGUGUUACUCCCAGUAACCAUAGAUGAAGUGAAUGAAAUCUGACUGGGGUCACAGAUAGGUCGCGUGGCACAUGUUGUAAACCUUGCAGGAAAUUCUGGAAAGAUACACAGAACAAAGCAGACCAAAGGGUCAGAGGUAUUUUUACAGAAUAGCCUCAAAAUGCAGCAAUAGAUGCUUGACCUGAGAGAAAUUGCACUACAUAUUGUGAAUGAAGGCUGCAAAUUUAAUCAAGAUGGUUACUUCUUUUUAUUGCUGUACAUUUUUGUUUACAAUCGUGUUUAUCUUUUAAAUGGGAAUUCAUGUGUUGUCCAGUUUGCCAGCAGCUGUGAGCUACCGGUACUAAGAAGCACUCUUUAUUUUGGAAUAUUUGUUUUAUGUUGUUGUUGUUGUUGUUGUUGUUUUUUGACUUUUAAUUAAAGUAAAGAAUAUAGAAUGAAAAAUAAUAUUACUCUUGCUGUAGCUGUGCCAAAGCUAGAACAAAACAGCAAGUGAAUGUUGGCUAACUGAACUGUGAGCUGUAUUGUUGUAUACCUAGUACAGCUCCUAGUAAGGAGCGUUUAUGUAUAGAAACACUUUAAUAACAGUCAGAGCCACAUGUGGUAUGUUUUGUUCAAAUGAAGUAUUUUAGCUUGAUGGGAUAACUUUCUUAUUCAUCAGAGGCCUUCUUGAAUUCAACUGUUGUUUUUUUUAUUUUAUUUUAAUGCCACCUUUGUUUCUUUGAUUGUUUUGUACUUUCAUGUAUAUUUUUAUAUAUAUAUAUAUAUAUAUAUAUAUAUAUAUAUAUAUAUAUAUAUAUAUAUAUAUGAAAUUAUAUUAUACUGCCUUUCUUAUAAGACUAAAUGUUUAUUAUUGCAUUAAAUCUUCAGUGUUAAUUGUAAUUUCUGUUCUAACACAUGCAUAAGUUAUACAAAAUAUUACUUCUUUAACUUCUCCCAAGUGCAGUUCUUUAAUCGGCUAAUUAUCAAAGAGAUAUUUGUAGUUUUGCUAAGCUACUGUUUGAUGUUGAGUUGAGAUAAUAAGUAGGCUUUAAUAAAUAAAAAUCAUUCAGUCAUUCA